CUCAAAACGUAAAGAGUGCCAAACAUGGCUGACAACAGAGGGAUGCGGUUUCCUGGUCAUCAGCAGCCAGGAGCAGUUCCUGGGUAUGGAAUGAUGCCCAACAUGGGAGGGCAGUUUGUUGGGAUGCAGCCUGGCGGAUAUCCCAUGAUGCAACACCAAAUGAUGGCUGCCCCCGGUGUCAUGCCCCAGAUGUUCCCGAUGCAGCAGAUGGGAAUGAGAGGAGUUGCCCCCCCUCCCUACACCCCACAGAUGGCGCAAAACUUCCGAAUAAGAACUGGUACCGUGUCGACGCGCCCCAAGAAGGAGUUGAGUGAGAAGGAACGACAGUUCCAGGUACAGCAGCAGCGUCUGAAGCAGUUCAGGAAACCUGGUGCCAUCACAGCCGAUGCCGACAGACUUAUAGCCAACAUGUUUGGAGCAGAGAAGCCCAAGACUAGAAUGUCCCCCAAACCUCAACAACCAGCCUCCAAGUCAACUGAGGACGACGGAUUUGGUGACUUCAUGCAGGGACCGUCCGUCCCAUCUGGACAAUCAUCAAUGGCCACUCCACCAUCUAACCUUGCCCCAGCAGAUGGCGGUCAGCUUGGCCCAAGUAUGCUCCCUCCCGGCCCAAGCAUGUUGCCUCCUGGCCCAAGCAUGCUCCCACCCGGCCCAAGCAUUCAACCUCCUGGACCAAGCAACGAUAUGCAUUCAAGUGGAACAGCAGGUCCACAGGCUGAAAAGAAGCUGAAGGAGGAAAAAAAAGCCCCUGACCUGAUGGCCAUGAUGAUGGAGUGCUCCGACCUGAACGCCCCCCAGAGAGCCAAGCAGUUCCACAAGCCGUCCCUGAAGGAGGUGCAUAUAGAACACCACGCCAACAUCCCCUCCUUCCACCAGAGUGGCUCCUCACGCCAAUGGACAGGACAUGAUAAUCUGGAUGGACUCUUUGCUACAGAACCUCCUCCUCCUGCUCCGGUUGCCAAGACAACCAAGAGACGUCACUCGUCAGGGGCAGGUAAAGCUGUAGUUGCUAAGACAGGUGCUGGUUUACCUGUGUGGUGUGAGCUACCUGAUGAUCAGCUUCCCCCUCUGUACAGACAGGUGAUGGAGGCAGUCACAGUAGAAGGAAAGAUUGAGACAGACCGGGUGUACCCGAUUCUAAUGCUGAGCGGUCUGCCCCGGGAGUUGCUGGGUUUGAUCUGGCAGAUGGCCAACAAGGACACCCCGGGUCAGCUGUCUAAACCAGAACUGUUUGCCAUACUGGCCAUUAUUGCUCUCACACAAAACAACUACACAGUUGCUUCUCUGGACAUCCUCCUGAGGUGUCCUCAGCCACCGGUGCCAUUCCUUGGCCCACAGUCAGUUGCGAUGCCAACACAACCAGGAACCAAUCAGGGCCAGGUUCCAGUGGCAGGUCAACCAAUGGGACCACACAUACCUGGUAACCAGGCAACAGUGGCACCCAAUGGGGAGGCCAUGAUAAACAAUACUCAAGGACAAUGGAUGGGCCCUCAACCAGGGACUCAGAAUGCUGCCACAAUUCCUCAUACCAAUGUUCCAGCUCAAGGAGGUCCUGCCAUGCCUCCUCCCAACCAAAUGGGUCCUCCACUUGGCUUCCAGCAGCCUCCACCCCCAUACCAAGCCCCGCCUCAACAAGCUCCACCCCCACAGCCUGUCCCCACCGUCCCUGUGGCAGAUGAUGACUUUGCUGACUUUCAAACAGCCCCUGCGCCCUCACAGCCUGCCAAAAAGGCAGCAGAUGACAGUUAUGGCGACUUCAUUGGCGGGGCACCUGCAGUAUUACCGACACCACCUCCUCUCAAGGAAGAAAAACCUCCUUACAUCAUAUCAGCUCCAAAGCUGGACCCAGAGAUGGAGAUGAUAUCGCCGGAUGACAAGUACAACUCCAACGUCAGGAGCUUCUUCUGCAGCAGCGACUCCUCCACGGCCCAUCCCUCUAAGCACGACUCAGAUCCGAAAGGACACAGCACUCCCAGCCUGGAGGAUGAGGACUACACCGACUGUCGGGACAGCAGUCAGGUCAGUACCUCUGAACAGUCGGAAAAUGAAGACAUCCGAGCAUUUGAAUCCUACGUGGAGGAGUUCCAUCGCAAGAAAGAACUUAGGGAACACCAAAGUCCUAAGCAUAGAUCUCUUGCUCCUAAAACUAGUCAUGUUGUGCAGCCUCAGCCAAAGAUCCCAGUUUUACCUUUACCAUCCAUGCCACCUUCAUCGCAAGGACCAAGACCGAUAGGUUCGGAUGAUUUCACAGAUUUUAAGUCUGCCCCUGGUGGGUCCAGUUUGUUCAGACCUGUUCCAAAGAAUGUGUACGCUACUCAGGCAGCCCACGCAGAGAAGACCGUGACUGCAGCAGCUCAGAAGCUGGCUACUGAGACGGAGUUCACUGACUUCCAAGAAGCUCCUCCAGUGGGUGACAGAGGAGGUGCAGCAGGUCCUUCUGAUGCUGACUUGAUGGGAGAGGAGGACAAGUACAAUGCACUCCGGGUCCUCUGCAUUGAUGACGUUCCAGAAAACGAAGUUCAGUCAGAUCCUCCGCCAAAGCAAGAGGACUUUGCCAACUUUGAUGAACAAGGGGAAGACUGGUCUGGAUUUACAGAAGCUCCUUCAGAGUCCACCGAUAAAGAUGUGGGCAGAGGCCAGUCUUCAGCUUCUAUAGAUAAUGCCUCAAUACUUAGUUUGUUUGGUUCUGACCGAGGGGAGGACAAGGGAGAAGAAUGGGCUGACUUUGAAGCAGCAAGUGCUCCUCCACCUGUGGAGGACAGACCAGCUCCUGCUGAAAGCUGGUCAUCUUUCACUCAUGGUGAGUCAACCGUUGUUGGGACUGAUGCAGAUUUAGACAAGAAAGCCACUUUGCCAGUUUCUUCUGAUUUCCAGCAAGGUUUUGCUGGGGUUUCAAAAACUGAUAACGACUGGGGUGGAUUUGCUCAGUCAGACAUUCCAGGUCCUGAAGUUCAGGAAAUACAAAGUGACUGGUCAGACUUUCAUACUGUACAAGAUAAUUCCAAUAUACUGACUGUUAAGAAAGAAAACUUACAAACAACGGAAGUGCUAGGUGUGUUCAAGGUUAGGGAUGAACCAAAUGCCAGUUACAAGUUAUCAAAAGACUCUACAAAAACAUCUGUGCGUAUGCCUUCUCUUGAAUCUGACAUUGAUGAUGACCGCAUUCCUCCUCCUAUGGAUCAAAUUGAUGAUGAGGAUGACAGUAAUGCAUUCUCAAGGGGGUAUGACCUUGAUGACAUGGUUCGUCAUACAGCUGUCACUACAGCUUACAACAUGUAUGUAGUGACGUCUCAUCACUACAGUGCUUCAAAGAACAAACAGGAGACCAAGACGACAGACUCCUUACGCAGUAGCGAAGAAAGGGGCCACAGCAUGUCACCUGAUAUCCAGCUGACGGAGACGGACAGCUCUUCUUCCAAGGACAUGGACAGCUGGGGCUGGAAGGACAAGUGUCAAGGGGUUCGAGAAGACUCACAGUCAAUUUCUAGUCUUGAGUUUCCAAGUACGAAGGGUGUGUCAACUCAGAAGGACUCAGACAAUGGUGGCACUGACAGUCAGUCUGUGUCCAGUGUGGAGUUUGGGAACUUUGAGGGGUCGUCCCGUGCUGCGGCCAAUGUGGAGUCUAAGUCAGUGGACAGCCUGGAGCUGUACAAGAAGGAUGAGGGGUUCCUGGAGGAAGGGCAGCAGAACGGGGAGACUCAAGGUGUCUGCCAGCCGGUGAUGGCGCAGUCACUGCUGGUGGGGGGAGGUGAGAUGCGGGCGCUGGCCGACCGGUACAACAUCGACGGGGAGACACAUGGGAGCAACAACCAUGAGUACCAGUGGGAGCGUUGUUUCGACAACUGUUGUCGGAUGAUCAAAGAUGCCAACAACAUCUUCAACUCUGUGAGUCGGUCAGCGGUCUGUAACGAAGUCAUCAAGUCAUCCCAGGGGUCGGAGUAUGUCAACGGAAUCAUUGAAAUCUACCGUGUGUCCUGUCGAAUCAUGGCAGCCAUGACAGGUUCAGGUAUAAAGACAGCCUCCCUGGAGAGGCUCCUGAAGGACAUCGACCUCGCCUGGAACAACCUGACGGCCUUUUUUGUUGGAGCCUCAGUACUGCCUGAACCAACUACCCUCAACUUCUUUCAUGCGAUCAUCAAAUCUGAUAGUGACGUGGCUCAACACAACGCCUGUGGUGUCUGUCUCCUGGACGUGGAUGCCCGCUCCAAGGCAUUCCAGCAGAUUGACGAGACGGCCAAGUUGACAUAUGGUGGCCGACAGUAUCAUGCUCCCUGUGCCAACUUCUGGAUCAACUGUGUAGACUCAACAUUACCUGCCCUCAAGCUUCCUGAACUGUUAUAACACUGACUUUAGGAGAACUGUCAAAACAUGGAGUCUUGGAUAACUGUU